AUGGCCGCUGUUAUUAAGGCAAUCAACGCGAAGAUCCGCUCCAACAAGGUAGCGGACUAUGUCUGCUCAACCCAUUUCUGGGGCCCUGUCUCUAACUUCGGUAUUCCCUUCGCUGCUGUGAUGGAUACUCAGAAGGACGCUGAAAUUAUCUCUGGUACUAUGACCGGUGCUCUGAUCGUCUACGCCGCUACCUUCAUGCGCUACUCUCUCGCUAUCACGCCUAAGAACUACCUUCUUUUCGCUUGCCACUUGACCAAUUUCGGUGCUCAGACUACUCAGGGAUACCGCUACCUGCAAUACUGGAACUGGGGAGGCCGGGAAGCUCAGCUUGCCGAAAAGGCCAAGCAGGGCAAGGCUGUUGCUGAGGGCUCAUCCGCAUAA